AUGCUGUAUUUAAUCGGCCUUGGAUUGUCAUAUGAGACGGAUAUCACCGUAAGAGGUCUACAGACGGUCAAGAAAUGCAAAAGAGUCUAUUUGGAAGCUUACACUUCCAUAUUGAUGGCAGCUGACCAAGACAGUUUGUCAAAGUUCUACGGUAAGGAUGUCAUCUUGGCUGACAGGGAACUAGUGGAAACUGGAUCUGACGACAUAUUGGAGGGAGCUGACAAAGAUGACAUUGCAUUUCUGGUGGUCGGGGAUCCGUUUGGUGCCACGACACACACUGAUCUGGUGAUCAGAGCUAGGGAGUUGGGCAUCAAGGUUGAGGCCAUCCACAAUGCAUCAGUUAUGAAUGCUGUAGGUGCCUGUGGUUUGCAACUAUACCAGUUCGGACAAACUAUCUCUAUGGUCUUCUUCACUGAUUCAUGGAAACCAGACUCAUUUUAUGAAAAGAUUAUGGGAAACAGAAAGUUGGGUCUACACACUCUGAUCCUUUUGGAUAUCAAAGUAAAAGAACAGUCAUUUGAGAACAUGAUGAAGGGAAAACUGAUCUAUGAACCACCAAGAUACAUGAACAUUGCAACUGCUGCACAACAGUUAAUAGAAGUUGAGGAAACCAAGAAAGAACAGGCAUACACUGAGAAUACUCCUUGUGUGGCAGUUUCCAGAUUGGGAGCUCCAACCCAGAAAUUCAAGGCCGGUACGUUGAAAGAAUUGGCCUCUUAUGACAGCGGUGAGCCAUUGCACUCGCUCGUGAUGCUGGGAAGGCAACUACAUGACCUGGAAUUAGAGUAUUUGUACGAGUACUGUGAUGAUAAAGAAAAGUUCCGUGAGUUCGUACUCCAAGACCAAGAAUUCUUCAAGCCUCCUCCAUACGUUGCCCCAGAAGAAGAAUGGAGUGACUAA